CCAGGCUGCUAUAUGGCAAGCGCUGAAUCACUACGCUUACCGAGAUGCCGUAUUUUUGGCAGAAAGACUUUAUGCAGAAGUACAUUCAGAAGAGGCACUGUUUCUACUAGCUACGUGUUACUACCGCUCAGGAAAAGCUUACAAGGCUUACCGGCUCCUGAAAACCCAUAGCUGUGCCACCCCACAAUGUAAAUAUCUUCUUGCUAAAUGCUGCGUGGACCUUAGCAAGCUGGCAGAGGGUGAACAGAUCCUGUCAGGCGGUGUGCUGAAUAAACAAAAGAGCCAGGAGGAGAUAGUUACAGAGUUUGGAGACUCGGCCUGCUUUACACUGUCGCUGCUCGGCCAUGUAUAUUGCAAAACAGACCGUUUGGCCAAAGCAUCAGAAUGUUACCAAAAGAGCCUUAGUUUAAAUCCCUUUCUGUGGUCCCCUUUUGAAUCAUUAUGUGAAAUAGGUGAAAAGCCAGACCCUGAGCAGACCUUCAAACUGACCUCCCUCCAGAACUUCAGUAGCUGCCUGAAUAACUCUUGCACAGUAAUGGUGAACAAUCACAGUGUCGUAUCUCACAGGCAACCUGACACAGUAUUAAUGGAGACUCCCCAAGACACUAUAGAAUUAAAUAGAUUGAACCUGGAAUCCUCCAAUAUAAAGUACUCCUUGAACACGGACUCCUCCAUGUCCUACAUAGACCCAGCAGUGAUCUCUCCUGAUGCUUUGCCUUUGGGAACCGGCCCCUCUAUUUUGUCCAAACAGACUCAGAACAAACCAAAAAGUGGGCGCAGUUUAUUGGGGGGUCCGGCAGCACUGAGCCCGCUCACACCCAGUUUUGGAUUUUGCCACUAGAAACACCCAGCCCGGGAGAUGGUUCGUAUUUACAGACAUACAACUCCUCCUGUGUCCUUGAUGUGCCAUCCUCUGGUACCCCUGCUAAAAAGUCUGUGGCCAGAAUCAGCCAAGCAGGAACAAAGUCAGUGUUCUCACAGAGUGGCAACAGCCGGGACAUAACCCCAGUGCUGCUACAGACUCAGGGUUCUGGACCUCAGACCAGUACUACGCCUCAGGUACUGAGCCCGACAAUAGCUGCCCCUCCUAAUGCUUUACCUCGGCGUAGUUCCCGCCUCUUCACCAGCGACAGCUCUACCACCAAGGAAAACAGUAAAAAGCUGAAAAUGAAAUUUCCUCCAAAAAUCCCAAAUCGGAAAACCAAAAGCAAAACUAACAAAGGUGGGGUCACACAAGCCAAUCUAAAUGAGAGUUUGGAAAUAAGCAAGCUAGAUGCAUCUAUUAUCUCAGAGGGAAAGAUCUCCAUUGUGGGGCCUCAAAUUCAGGCCCUGUCAAUACAGAAAGCAGCAGCAGAAGGUUUAAUGAGCCUAUUGAGGGACAUGGGGAAGGGUUAUUUGGCCUUGUGUUCCUAUAAUUGUAAAGAGGCCAUCAAUAUCUUGAGCCACCUCCCCUCUCAUCACUACAACACUGGUUGGGUUCUGUGUCAGAUCGGCAGAGCAUAUUUUGAGAUGGCAGAGUAUUUACAGGCAGAACGCGUGUUCUCAGAGGUGCGCAGGAUUGAAAGCUAUCGAGUAGAAGGCAUGGAGAUCUACUCAACCACACUCUGGCAUCUGCAGAAGGAUGUCGCCCUGUCAGUUCUCUCAAAGGACCUCACUGACAUGGACAAGAACUCCCCAGAGGCUUGGUGUGCUGCUGGGAACUGCUUCAGUCUGCAGAGAGAACAUGACAUUGCCAUUAAGUUUUUCCAGCGGGCUAUUCAGGUAGAUCCUGGUUAUGCAUAUGCCUUCACUCUCCUCGGCCAUGAAUUCGUACUAACAGAGGAGCUAGAUAAAGCCCUUGCUUGUUUCCGGAACGCCAUCCGUGUCAACCCUAGACACUACAAUGCAUGGUAUGGUCUUGGAAUGAUAUAUUAUAAGCAGGAGAAGUUCAGCCUGGCGGAAAUGCAUUUCCAGAAAGCACUAGAUAUCAACCCUCAAAGUUCAGUAUUGCUUUGUCACAUAGGAGUGGUUCAGCAUGCACUUAAAAAAUCAGAUAAGGCUUUGGAUACUCUUAACAAAGCCAUUUCUAUUGACCCCAAAAACCCGCUAUGCAAGUUCCACCGAGCCUCCAUCCUGUUUGCCAAUGAAAAAUAUAAGUCUGCAUUGCAGGAGUUGGAGGAGUUGAAACAGAUUGUCCCUAAAGAAUCCCUAGUGUAUUUUUUGAUAGGAAAGGUAAGUGAAGUGUGUGUGUGUGUGUGUUGUUCACAUGCAAAAAUGGUAUUCUGGACAUCCCCAAAGCUGUGGCAUUUAUACUAUGUAUCA